GCUUUCACACAGUGAGACUACAGAGGCCCAGCAUCUCCUUGACAUCUCCUAAUGCAGGACUUGUCUGGGGUCCUGAAGGUGCACAAAUCACCAGGGGUUACAGCUUCAUCCUCACCUGUUCCAUUAACUCCACAUUUUCCAGUGGACAUUUUAUUCUGAGCUUCUCUGGCUCCAACCUCACAGAGCCAGCAGUCAACAACUCAGCCUCAUUUAGUUUCCCUGUAGCUGAGUAUGAACAUCAGGGCAACUACAGCUGUGUGUAUGAAGUCACAGUGUCCACACGGACAUUCAGAUCUGCUGCAACAGCACCGAUCAGUGUCAUCAUUAAAUUGUCUUUGAUGCUGCUGUUGUCCUCGGUAGCUGUUGGAAUCCUGCUGCUGCUCCUGCUGCUGCUGUUAGUGGUUCUCAUCAGGAGAAGACAACGACGAGCCAAGGAGCCUCUAGCUUUCAUCCACAGUCAAAUUGUUGACCAAGUCGGGAAUGCUUACCAGUGGGGAGACAGUGAGGGUGAUGAAGACGAUGCGCAGGACUAUGUGAAUGUUGAUCUAAUGGACACUAAUGUAAAAAUGAAAGGGGGAGCUGCAGGAGUGGAUGAAGAGGGAAGCAAUGACUAUGAGGAGCCAGUGUGUAAUGAUGAUCAUGAUUACAAGAAAGCAGGCCCCAAUUGCAUGAAGGCCUAUGUGAGUGUAAGUGAUCACAGAGAAGAUGAAGAUGAUGUAACUAGUGAUGAAGAAGACAACUAUGAGAAUGUAUCCCCACCCUCGCUGUAUGUAUCACCACCACCACCACCUGGUGUAGAUAAUGAUGAUGAAGAAGAAACUAGUGAUGAAGAGGACAAUUAUGAGAAUGUAUCCCCACCCUCGCUUGGUGUACAUAAUGAUGAAGAAGAAGAAAGUAGUGAUGAUGAAGAGGACAACUAUGAGAAUGUAUCUUGACUAUCAGCAGUUCAUCAUCAUUGAUAAUAACUUGACCUAAAAUACAACUGCAACCAAAAAAUCUUUUAGCCAAUAUGUUUAAUUAGUUAUCUUGGUUUCCCGUAAUUGUAACAUACUACAUAAUAUAAAAAUAUAUAGAUGCCUUUUAUAUAGAUAUAAAAGGUAGACUUGCCUUCUGGGUCUGAAAGGUGAUGCCAUUGUGGAAGCCACUUAGACAUGAAUUUUUUUUUUAUGGCCAACAGGAGGAGACUGCUUUUGUUGCAAAGGUGCGAUCUUGUAUGGAGGUCUCUGGCUUCCUUGCUAUAUGAGCUCAUGACCUUAAAACCGUUCUGAUGUGUUGAUGGCCUCAAUUGGUAGUUUCAAGUUUAAAAUACUGAACACACAUGACUUUGUAAAUCAUCAUGUACAUUAGAGUCAAAAGAAGGGUAAAGCAGGGUAAUCUUUAUCAUGAGAUUCACAAGUUGCUUGCUUCUGAUUGGGCUCAGUUUCUCAGUCAGAUCUGCAACGUGUUCAUGAUGCCCAGUUUUAAAACACCCAGACCAAAAUGGCAAAAUUGCUCAGCUUGAGGCUUCGCAGUAGGUGAUGUCAGCCAUGGGUGGGUUUAUGCAUACUUUAUAAACAUUCUAAGAUGAUCCCUUAAAACUGUCUUCUAAUGUUAAAAUUUUAGAAUUUCAACAAUUUGAAUAUUUUCUAUGUAGUGUAAGAAUUUAUUAGCUGCCCUUAAUAUUAAAUUCACUUGUUCUAGCUUUUUAGCCAUGACUGUGAAGAUCUCAACAUCAAAAACCUGUUUUAGCCUUUUUUUUUUCUAUUCUUUGUAUAACCUCAGUUAAGCUUAUUGGCCUGAAAUUUGCAGAAACCCUUGAUUUACAAACAAAGAUAAUAGACCAAAAAGCUCUAUAUCUUAAUCCAGCUGUUGCUUGCUGUACUCAUCCUAUAAUUUUAUGUUAUAUUUUUUGAUUUCCAACAUGAUGUAUUUGCACAAGUAACACGAAUAUGUACUUCAGGUGUCUGUGUACAUAUUUAGUAUAGUCCUGGUGACAAGGUGUCAAAUUUGAUCCUGGAGAGGUAAAUACAGUAUAUUUGUAUGAACAGAUAAUGCAUAUUUUUAUAUUCAAACUCAUGUAAGUUUUUUUUUUUACUUAAUGUAAAGCAGUCACACAAACUUUAUCUUUGUUGAUCUUAUCAAAACACAUAUUUAGCACCUUGUAUCAACAAUGUAGAUGACAAGAUGAUUUCACCCUCAUUUAUGUCCUUACAGUUGACCUCUGGUAUUCGCAGAGGUUAGGGACCACAGCCACCCUCAAAUACAAGUUCUCUAUUUCUAAUGAGUGCUCAGUUAUGAGCAGCUGCUGAGGUCUGUUCUCGAUUGUUAGUUAAUUUCUGAUGAAGGAAAAAAUAAGAUACCAUGUUCACGGUUAGCAUAAAGACUGCCAGUGUGAGGUAACGGUUAACCUGUGAUUACAGAGAACAAUAACUAACAUGAUUGAACAUUUUUUGUUUAAACUAAUAACAGCACAUGGUCAUUAUAGCUGUCUCACAUAAAGAAGGU